AUGCCACCAUGUGGGACCUGGCUGCAGCCUCUCCUCGCUCUGAUCGUCUCCGCCUCGCUCACCCGUAGCCACAGCUGUCCGUCCAGAUGUUUGUGUCCAGACAACCACACGGUCAACUGCACCAGCCAAGGUCUCGUUGGAGUCCCAGACUCCAUCCCUCUCGAUGUCCGCCGUCUCCUGCUCUCCAACAACUGGAUUCCCUGGAUUCCCUCGGACUUCCUGGUCCUUUACACUGAUCUGGUCUAUCUCGACUUGAGGAAUAACUCCCUUUCCCAGCUGGACCCGGGAACCCUGAGUUCCUCCUCUAGAUUAGUCUUCUUGGACCUGGGAAGCAACAACCUGACAGAAAUCCCCUCCGGCAUGUUCGGGGAAUCGAAGAGUCUGAUCAAGCUGCGACUGGGAAACAACCCCUACCUGAGAAUGAUAGGCCGCGAUGCCUUCAGUGGGCUGAGCGCGUUACGGGAGCUGGAUCUGGAGAAGAACGCCUUCACCGUUCUGGACGUGAGGGUCCUGGAGCCUCUGGCCUCCCUGCGGAUGCUGCGCCUGGAGGGCAACCCCUGGCUCUGCAACUGCCACUUUGCCAAGCUGUUUGCGUGGUUGUACCAGAACCGGCAGAAGCUCCCGACGGGUAUGGAGGGCAUAGAGUGCUCACUGCCUCCGGACGGCCUCCGUGUUCCCCUCAGUGUAUUCUCUGAGGACAGUUUCAGGGAGUGCCGGGGUGCCCUCACCCUCACAGACUGCCUCAUCGUCAUCUUCUCUGGCAUCUCCGUCUCCUUCGCUGCCAUCGUGACCAGUUUCCUUCUGGCUUCCAUAGUCCAUUGUUUCCAGCGCAUCAGCAAGACCAGUAAAGGUGACGAGGAGGAGGGGAAAGACUGA